AUGCGUAUUAGAAGUAAUAUUUUUCCAUUAAAAGGCACACCGAAAAAUCUUAGAAGUACGGUCAUGCAUGCGCGAACUGAAUCAAGUGCUGUUGCAGAUGUGACAAAACAAAACAUUAAUGCUUCUUGUUCAAUCCAAGGCUUAUCGCAUGAGGAACAAAACGAAAUUUCUUCAUCGGAAGAUGAAUAUCGCUCCCACAUUUCAUCAGCAAGAUGUUCUGCUAGUAGUAUAACGACAAGUGGAGCUUUUCCAUCAUCUCAGUCAUUGACAUUUAGUCGACAAAGUUCUGGUCGGAAUUCAUCAGGAUACGAUCGAAAAUCAAAUAAAACUUCACCUAGGCGAAUGCUAACUUCAAGUUCAGAGCGUAAUUUCUCACGGGAUUCAUCGACCCGAUUAUCCAAUUAUUUUCGGAACAAUCAACCUGAACUUGCUCGUGGAUCUUCCGCUCGAAAUUCUGGUGUUUCCGAAGCUUCUUGUGACUCCGGUUUCCAUAAUUUAUAUGACAUUGACCUUGCAUCUGGAACUUCAAUAAACGCAUUGCUGUAUGAAUGUGGUUUUUGUGGGCAACCGGUCAUUCCAACGAAUUUUUAUCGAAACAAGGAGGGACGUUGGUCAGAUGGGCAUUUGACAUCGCGCAGAAGGAAAAAUAGGAAAGGUACAAGUUCACAUCGCGAUUCACUGCAACGGAUGACCCCUGUAUCUACAAAAGACAAACGUUCUUCACAUACACGAUCACGUCAAUCAUUGGCAGAAUUCACUUUGGCCAAUGAUAGAGCAACAAAAAAGACUUCAUCAUGUGAAAUAACUGAUAAUACAUCUGUUAAUUUACAAAAUAAAAUUGCCAAUUGCUCGAGUAUAAAAAAAUCACAGGAAGCGAAAACAGUUGUGGUUGAAGAAUGCAGUAUGACCAUUCCACCAUCAACAACUUAUCAGGAGAUCGUAAAAGAGGAACAUUUACUGAUAUCAUCAAAUGAUCAGAAGGCUGCAUGUGAUAAGGAAAAGACAAGUGAAAGGAAUAAUAAGCUGACAAAAGAAGCUUUUGAUGCUUCCGCAGAAGAAAGUUCUGAAGAACGAGAUGAAAAUAACGGGAAUAUUUUGGGUUCAUCGCUCGAUUCUUCAAGUGCCUCUUAUGUAAUUUUUCAUAGAUUUAAAAAUGCACAGAGCACAAAUGAUAGCGAAAGGUCAAGUUGUCUAUUGAUAACUUCCUCCUCAACAAUGGAAUCAUCAUUGGAACGAAGUUUAGAAAUGGCUGCCAUACAUUCCGAUGGUCUUUCUGACAAAGAACGACAAGUUCGCGCUGUCAAAAAUACAAUUCGAACACAUCGUAGGACAGCAAGUACACCGUUAUCAAUACCAUCUGCAGUUUGUGAAACAAGUUCAGAAAGCGAUGCAGAAGAGGUCGUAUACUGUUAG